CCGCCCCCAGAGAGGAGCUGCCGGGAAACGAAAGUGAAUUGUGGCGGAGCGGAGUUGGAGGGGGUAGGGCUGCCGUUCCUCCUGUCAAGCCCAGGCGUGCCCGUGGACGGCUCCGAGUCCUGCUUUUCCCUUCUCCUCUUUGUUCCGGCCCGAGGCAGAGCCCCUUCCCCCUUUAAAAAUGAAGAGAAGAGCAGAACCUGAAUAUAGCAGUCCACAGAAAAGGCAGAAAAAACGGGUAGAAGAGUUGGGUCUGACUCUCAGUUCCACAUCAGAUGAUGAAACUCAACUUAGUAGUAACCAUGCAGCUCAAGAUUCUUCCACCACAAGCAGCAGUGAGUCUGAUAGUGAAAGCAGUGAGAGGCGGCCUGCUCUUGGCCCUUUCAGUAAUAAAUUCAGUGCAGAUUCCCUUGUGGAGGGCACAUCUUCCCGCUACUCCAUGUACAACAGUGUGUCCCAGAAGCUCAUGGCUAAAAUGGGGUUUCGAGAAGGUGAAGGUCUUGGCAAAUAUGGCCAGGGAAGGCAAGAGAUUGUGGAGGCCUCACAACAGAAAGGAAGACGUGGAUUGGGGCUCACUCUGAAAGGAUUUGAUGGAGAGGUGAACGUUAACUGGCAAGAUGAGCCAGAGGCUAGUGCUUAUGAACAAGUGGACUGGUGCCCAGAAUGUACCACAGAAAUUCCAGAUGCUGAAGAAAUGAAGGAUUGGAUAAUGAUAGGAAAGAAGAAACUGGUGAUAGAUGAUGAAACGGAAUUCUGUGGAAAAGAACUCCUAAACAGCCUGCUCCAAUGCAAGAGUGUUUUCGAUGUGCUGGAUGGAGAGGAGAUGCGCCGGGCUCGUACAAGAUCCAAUCCCUACGAGAUGAUCCGUGGAGUCUUCUUCCUCAACAGAGCUGCAAUGAAGAUGGCAAACAUAGAUUAUGUCUUCGACUACAUGUUUACAAACCCAAAGGAUUCUCGUGGGAAACCACUAAUAAAAGAACGUGAUGCUGAGCUGCUGUACUUUGCUGAUGUAUGUGCUGGCCCUGGUGGUUUCUCGGAAUAUGUCCUCUGGAGGAGGAAGUGGCAUGCGAAAGGUUUUGGGAUGACCUUAAAAGGACCAAACAAUUUCAAACUGGAGGAUUUCUAUGCUGCUUCUAGUGAGCUUUUUGAGCCUUACUAUGGUGAAGGGGGUGUUGAGGGAGAUGGUGACAUUACCCGUCCUGAGAACAUUUCUGCCUUUCAGCAUUUUGUGCUGGACAGCACAGACCAGAAGGGGGUGCAUUUCUUGAUGGCUGAUGGGGGCUUUUCUGUAGAGGGGCAGGAAAACAUCCAAGAGAUUUUAAGCAAGCAGCUGAUGCUUUGUCAAUUCCUCACAGGACUCUCUGUUAUACGGACAGGAGGGCACUUUGUCUGCAAAACCUUUGACUUGUUCACACCAUUCAGUGUUGGCCUUAUGUAUUUGUUGUAUUGCUGCUUUGAACGUGUGUCAAUCUUCAAACCUGUGACAAGCCGUCCUGCCAAUUCGGAAAGGUAUGUGAUAUGCCGCGGAUUAAAAUCUGGAAUUGAUGAAGUGAGAGAAUAUCUUUUCACAGUGAACAUCAAACUCAACCAGCUACGCAACUCUGACCAAGAUGUUAAUCUUGUUGUUCCCCUGGAAGUAAUGAGAGGUGAUCAUGAUUUCUCUGACUACAUGAUCCGCUCAAAUAAAAGACUCUGUGCUGUUCAGAUUAAAGCCCUGGCCAAAAUUCGUGCCUUUGUUCAAGACACGACUUUGAAUGAACCACGUCAGGCUGAUAUCCGAAAAGAAUGCCUCCGACUUUGGGGGAUUCCAGACCAAGCCCGAGUUGCUCCAUCCUCUUCUGAUCCCUUGUCCAAGUUCUAUGAGCUAACUCAGAGUGCUGACAUAAAGAUCUUUAGUUAUAAACCAACUCCUCUCAACUCAAAAACUUUGGAAAAAAUUCGACCAGUGCUGGAUUACAGAUGCAUGGUAUCGGGAAGUGAGCAGAAGUUUCUUCUGUCACUAGGGAAGUCUCAGAUAUACACUUGGGCUGGUCGCCCAUCAGAUCGCUGGACCAAACUGGACUUGAAAAUAGAACUGCCGCGGGAUACGCUUCUGUCUGUGGAGAUUGUUCAUGAGCUGAAAGGAGAGGGCAAAGCCCAGCGAAAAAUCAAUGCCAUCCACAUCCUGGAUGCUCUGGUGCUGAAUGGCAGUGAUGUCAGAGAACAGCAUUUCAAUCAGCGAAUUCAGCUGGCAGAAAAGUUUGUGAAAGCUGUCUCUAAACCUAGCCGCCCAGAUAUGAGCCCCAUCAGAGUAAAGGAAGUGUACAGGCUAGAGGACAUGGAAAAGAUCUUUCUCAGGUUAGAAAUGAAGGUCAUCAAGAGCUCAGGUGGAAUCCCACGGCUAUCCUACACUGGCCGCGAUGACAGGCAUUUUGUACCUUUUGGAUUGUACAUCGUUCGGACUGUUAGCGAGCCCUGGACCAUGGGAUUCAGCAAAACCUCUAACCGGAAGUUUUUCUACAAUAAGGCAACACAAUAUGCCACAUACGAACUGCCUCCAGAAGCUGUUGCACCAUUUCAUGUUUGUUAUCCUGGUCGCCUCUUCUGGGAAUGGGAUGAUGGUAUCAAAGUACAUGACUCUCAGAAAAGAGAAGAUCCAGAGAAACUAUCGAAAGAAACGGUUCUAUCCUUCAUCAGACAACAUUUCACCCUGUGAUUACUCUCUCGUCAGAUCUUAGGGUAUGGGGAAUGACCCUAGCCUGGAAUAUUCAGCAGGGAGCCAUGGAAAGAAACACUUGUCAAAGUGGUCCGAUUGGAUGAUAAGGACUGAAUCCAAAAGAAACAGGAGAAGGCUUUGGAUUUUAAAAUAGUACAGCAUAGAAAUAUCUGCUCCUGGCCGCACUAAGACUGUAGCAGUGCACAUUCUUCUGAAUGGAUCCUCAUUGUAUCUUCCUAGGGCUUUUCCCCCUUGACAUCUGGGUUGUACUAGCAGGCAACAAAGGAAGAAGAGGAUGCACAGAACACUCUUGGCAUUUGUAAAAUUGGAGGCCAAAUGACUGUUGACAGAACUACUUGAGCGAGGACAGAAAAAUGAAUAUACUUUUAGUAACUCUUUCUUGUUCCUCUCUAUGUGAAUUCACUGAGAAGAAUACUUGGUUAUUGUAAUUUGGCUUGUGGCUGCAGCCUAGAAGUUCUGAGAGUUCAGGUCUUAGCAGGAAGAAACCAGACAGGUAGAGUUUUUGAAUUAAUAAUUUAGAUACGCUUACUGCCGAUAGUGACUUGUGACUCAUCAAAGUUGGAUUUUAUGCUUCUAUGCAAGUAAAUAUGUUACGCUUUUUCUCAUUCUCCACCUUCAUAUAUACCAGUCCAAGUAUUUUCCUCUCUGAAUUCUAUAUCCAGUACCUUCUCUUCAGAGAGUUAAGGAGAUUUGGAAUUUAGAGAAGUGGCUUUAGACGAACUAUAUAGAUUAGAUCCAGUGAAAAAACUGCUUGCUUCUAAAGAGAGCAUCUUCUUUUGGCCUUCAAAAAUCUAAAACUAAAUCUUUGCACACAUUGGCAGGAAGGUAUUGACUAUGUAAUUGAGUGAGUGGUGCCUGGGUUGUGUCUUAAAGAAAUGUGAGGUGUCCUGUAAGUGAAGGCAUUGUCCAAGUCUCAGCUCCUAAAGACAAUGGUCAAAGAACAGAUUUGAGUUGUGGGAAAGUAGAAGUUUCUAUAUAGAUUUUAUCUCCGUUGAGCAGCACAGAACCAAUUUUAAAUUCCAGACUUUAGGGGUGGGCAAAAUAUUUUGAAUUCAAGAUGUUUGGAGAUUGAAAGAGUUGUUCUAAGUUCAGAAUGGUUCUUCUGACCUUACUGGAAGUGUUCAAGGCUCAAAACAAUUCUGCCUCAAGUUUGAAAUAUUUCUGAGCUUAAAAUAGGACAUUUCAAGGUCAGAACACUUUUAGAAUGGUUGAAACAACUGCUUUGAACUCACGGUAUUUUGAAUUCAGAAUGUUUGCACACUGCCACUAAAUCUUAAUGAAUCUUAGCUAAAAUAAAUAGUUCUAGCUUUCAGGGCCAGUUCAAGAACAGUGUAGGUUAAUACUGCACUUUAGCAAUAGCAGUUAUGUAGUUUAAUUGCCAUCAUCAUGCCAUCUUGUUUUUAGAUUCCUCUGUUGAAAAAUAUUAUCAGGAAGAAUGGAAGUUUAAAGCUCCCCAUUUCUCAUGAAGGCUGAAGCGUAUAAAAGCACUUAAUAUUGGAGGAUCGUCUCUAAAAUUUGGUAAACAUCUUUGAGGGUUCCAAAACAAAGCUUUAGCUUUCAGGAUUCUUUUGGCAAGAAUGGGCCGUGUUUCAAAACUAAUUGCCUUCCCAUACGUUUGUUUGCCUGAGCAGGCUAGAGGGUAAAACAGUAAAUUGACUGUUUAUUUGCAAUAGGAAGUGACGAUGAUUAAAUAACCUCUGACAAUCUACAGUUCAUACUGUUGAUUUUAAAAUAAUUUGAUGAGGGGGUUUUGCCACCUUCUUCCCUGAUCAUCAUGAUACAACAAAUAGAUCAAAGUUAUUUUGCUUUAAAUCCUUUACAUCAGGUGUGUAUCAAUUUUUUAAGGUUAUAUUUCUAGUUAAGGACCUCUCUGCAAGUUAGAAUAGAAUACUUCAGAAGGAAGAUUUCAUUGCAAGAUUGAUUUUAGUCUAUAUAUGUGUUUCUCAAUCUCAGCAACUUUACACUGGGUGGACUUCAACUCCCAGAAUUCCCUAGCCAGCAUGCUGGCUGGGGAAUUCUGGGAGUUGAAGUCCACCCAGCUUAAAGUUGCUGAGGUUGAGAAACACUGGUCUAUAUUAUUAGAGGGUGAUUGGCAGAUAAGGUUGUGUAUGGAGUCACAGUGGUAUCCAAACUCUGCCCUCACUUUAUUCACUUUAGCUGUUACUAGAGACCCUGGUUUGUGGCCUUUUCCUAAGGAAACUGUUUAAGGGAUUUAAAAAUCUUAACUAUAUAAAGGGUGUGUGCCUAGAGACCUCAACACAAAAUUAACUCCAGUACUGAAAAAUGACCUCAUGUUGAUUCGGAACCCAAACGUCCAGAGCAUAAAGAGAAUAUUGAAAAGAUUUGAUCAGUGGAUUGUUCAGCUUGUUCUUGUUUAUUUUCUUACUGGCCCAUGAAGGGUUGAGGUGAGGGGGAGGAGGUAAAAAUGUCUUGCUGAAAGAAAUGUUUAGUGUGUUCUGUGAAGCUGUGUAUCAGUUGUGAUGAUUUCUCGUCCCUUUUUGUCUGCAUUGCCAAUACAAUCCUUGUAAUUUAGAAA